GGAGAGGUGGUUAGAUGAAAAUAAAGGGCACGAAAGUGUGAAACAAAGACAGAUAUAUAUUGUGUGAUAGACAAGAACAGCAAUGUGGAUUAAUUCCAUUGUUUCACCGCUAUGUGGUGAUAGUGGUUUAAUGUUCAUGGAACGUCUCGUAGGAUGUUAAAUUUAUAGAAUAAUUAACUGUUAAAAUUAGCAAUUAAACAAGAUUUUGAAAAUUUUAUGUAUGGAUACAUAUUACUUUAAAAUAUGGAAAAUUCGUCGAAGAGUCAAAACAAUAAUUGUGAACAAAACCCAAUCGUAUUUUUAGAUAUAGCUAUUGAAUCAGAAAAAGUUGGAAGAGUUGUGAUAGAGCUUUUUAAAGAUAUUGUACCUCGAACAGCUGAAAAUUUUCGUGCAUUAUGUACUGGAGAAAAAGGCAUUGGAAUCAAUGGCAAAAAGUUGCAUUACAAAGGAUCAAUAUUUCAUAAAGUGUUAUCACAGUUUAUGAUCCAAGGUGGAGAUAUAAUAAAUUUUGAUGGAACAAGUGGAGAAAGUAUAUAUGGAACACAUUUUGAAGAUGAAAAAUUUGAGCUCUCUCAUUCGUCAGGAGGAUUAUUAAGCAUGGUAAAUGAGGGUUAUCCAAACAGCAACAGUUCUCAGUUUAUAAUUACUAUUUCAGCUGUUACACAUUUAGAUAAUACCAAUGUAGUAUUUGGUAAAGUUUUGAAAGGAAUGGGUAUUAUAUUAGAAGUGUGCCAAGUUCAAACAAUUAAGGAUGUACCAGUGAAGAAAAUACAUAUAAUUGAUUGUGGAGAGUUAAAACAUGAUAAAAAUUGGGGUAUGGAAGAAAAUGAUGAUACUGAAGAUGUGUUCACUCCAUGGCCAGAAGACUGGGAUUAUUCCACAGAUAUUGAAAAACUCAAUUACAAAUAUAUAAUGGACGUUAUUAAGAGGAUAAAAAAUUCAGGAAAUUGUUAUUUUUCACGAAAAAAUUAUAUAGAUGCAGGCAGAAAAUAUAAGAAAGCAUUACGUUAUUACAAGUGGAUGAUAAAGACAGUAGAUGUAUCAGAGUCUUCCAAUGAAUCAAUACUGAACAUUAAAGUAAUAUUAUUACUUAAUCUUGCAGCUGUUAAAUUAAAACAAAAGAAUUAUCGUGAAGCUUUAAAGCUUUGUUCAGAGGUUUUACAAAUAGAUAAGAAAAACAGUAAAGCACUAUAUCGAAGAAGUCAAGCAUAUAUGGGACUAAAUGAGUAUGAUUUAGGUUUAGCAGAUUUAAGGCAAGCAUCAUUAGAAUGUCCCAAUAAUAAAGAUAUUUUACUAGAAAUUGAUAAAGUAAAAAGAAUUAUAAACUCGUAUUUAGCUAUUGAGAAGGCUUCUUAUCAAAAAAUGUUUAAAUAACAGAAGUAUUUUGCAAAAGAAUUUGUAAAUAUAAUAAAAUUUUUUAUAUAUAUUUUAAAUUAAAAAUAUUGCAAACAAAAUCAUACAUAUACACGUUUAUAUACAACACUAAUGCUUUUUAACAAUAUUUAACAAUAUUGUAAAGUAAUUGUAUAUGUGUUAGCUAAAGUUAUUUAAAAAUUUUUUAUAAAGUUUGAAUAUAGUGCACAAAUAAAUAUGUGUUCAUUUUUAUUUUUUUGAUAAAUAUUACUUAUUUCGAUUUAAGCAUUUUUAUCUUUAUUCAGUAACAAUCUUUGUGUAAUGUGUACAAAAGAAACAAAACCA